AUUCCACGUUUCUAUCUUCCCCCAUAACACCAGUAUUUAGGGGCUUUUGUUCCUUCUCACUUCCUUUUCUCUUAACAUCUCUCCACUUUUCAGGUCUGCAACUUUUUAUUUCCAUGGCUUCUCAUCCUCCUCUUUUCUUCUUCUUCUUCUUCUUCUCCUUCUUGUUUUAAUCUCUGUCUUUAUUCCUAACUUCUUUUACCUUUUUAGUUCAAGUCUUUCCAUUUCAAAUCUUUUUGCUUGGGCUUUCUCUAUAAGCUGUUUUGGACACAGAGCAGUAUUUAUAUAAAGAAAUCGCAGCAACCCAUUUCGUAUAUUUUAAAAAGUUUGAGACUUUAGGAGGAAGAGAAUUAGGGUUUUAGCGUUUGUUUUUCAGAGAAUGGAAAGAAACGUUUCUGGUAAGGAAGAUGAUCAGAUGGAUUUGCCACCGGGAUUUAGGUUUCAUCCAACUGAUGAAGAGCUCAUAUCUCACUACUUACACAAGAAGGUUAUUGGUAUGAAUUUCUCUGCUAGAGCCAUUGGAGAGGUGGAUUUGAACAAGUCUGAGCCAUGGGAAUUGCCAUGGAAAGCAAAAAUGGGUGAGAAAGAAUGGUACUUUUUCUGUGUGAGAGACAGAAAAUACCCAACUGGGUUAAGGACUAAUAGAGCAACUGAUGCUGGUUACUGGAAGGCAACAGGGAAAGAUAAAGAAAUUUACAGAGGAAAAUCUUUAGUUGGGAUGAAGAAAACCCUAGUUUUCUAUAAAGGUAGAGCUCCUAAGGGGGAAAAAACUAACUGGGUCAUGCAUGAAUAUAGAUUGGAGGGUAAAUACUCAGUACAUAAUCUCCCCAAAACUGCCAAGAAUGAAUGGGUGAUUUGUAGAGUUUUCCAAAAGAGCUGUGGUGGGAAGAAAAUUCAUAUCUCAGGAUUGGUAAAGAUGAGUUCAUUUGGAAAUGAAUUGGGGAUUUCUGGUUUACCACCAUUAACAGAUUCUUUACCUUACAAUCCCAAAACCAAAGCUUUUGCAGAAUCAGCUUACGUGCCCUGCUUCUCCAACAAUCCUAUUGAUGUUCGAACAAACCAAAACCAAUUCAACAAUCCUCUCGUGGCAAAUCAAUUUGAUACUUUCCCAUUCUCAUCAAAUUCAUUCUACUCUCCCCAAACUCUGCAACUCCCUGGUGGGUCUGUUCUAAUCCAAGAUCAGUCACUUCUAAAGGCCUUGAUUGAAAACCAUGGGCAAACCACAGAGAGGGACAAGAUGAUAAGUGCUUCACAGGAAACUGGUUUGUCUACUGAAAUCAACAACGAAAUCUCUUCUGUCAUGUCCAAUCUUGAAAUGGGUAAAAGAUCAUUUGGUGAUCAACAACACCCACCUUCUACUUCAACUCAACCUGUGGAUCUGGACUGUUUCUGGAGUUACUGAAACAAUACAUAUAUAUAUAUAUAUAGAGAGAGAGAGAGAGAGAGAUAUAUAUAUAUAUGUAUAUGUAUAUGUAUAUGUAUAUGUAUAUGUAUAUGAUGAUAAUAUACUGGAGGGUUCAUAUAUGGGUUUACCAAAUAUUGUUUUUGAGAAGAUGGUGUUGUGGGUCUGUGGAAAGAUUUCCAAAAUCUAAAUAAAAAAACUGAAAGAAAAUGAAAGGUAUAAUAUUUUAUGUGAGAAAUUGUAUGAAACAUUUUGAAGUGGUUUUGUAAUUUGCAUUGGAUACUUGGAUUUGUCACACGCAUAUGGGAUUCAGUUGGUGGCUA